CAGACGGAUUACAACAGUUUAACAGGCCACCAAGAACAGUAUAAAAUUUGGAAAGUGUAGCCAGACUAAAUAAAGGAAACAGAGAAAAUGUUCAACUCAGUGUCCAGUUACAUAUCUGUGAUAAUGCUGCUGGUAUUCGCUGCCAUAAGCGAAGUCGAAUCAACUAAGUUAGAAGACAUUGAGAAGUUGCUUUCGAAGUCUAAAGAUCAGUUACCCAUUUCAGCUCGGUUUGUUAUCAACAGUGAAGCAGCAAUUAAACAGCUUCAAGAUAAGAUUAAUAAUGAAACUGCAGUUAAAGGCAACGGCAACCUUGAGAACUAUGUCAACUGCUGGAGAGAGUCUUUUAGAAGCUUUUCUGGACUGACAUUAUUUGACGAUAUCAGAAUCGGACUUACAAACCAACAUGUACAAUAUGGUCCAUACGCAGAGGAGUAUUCUCUUCUACAAUGUGUCCAGGAAGAAUCGGAUGCUUACGAAGCUAUGUUGCGAUCAGCAGAAUCAGUCGACUGUGACGGUUAUGGACCAUUGGGAAACGAAGAAGAUCUUCAGGAAUUGCAGAAAAAAAUAAAAGCUUCAUAUAAAUACAGAAUGUUUUAUGGUCAUGCAAUGUUGCUGACGAAAAUUCAUGAAACUGCUAUCGAGAGGUUGAAACGGGCAGGAAAAAGAAACUAGACGAGAAUACGAAUGUCCUGCACACGCUAGCAUGGGAAAUGUGUAUUCUGCACAUUACUGAAAUGUAUUUGUGUGCAGUGGAUUUCGUGAACACUUCUAACUGAAUAACUCACUUUCAUAAUAAUGCUUACUGUCUUUCUUCUAAAUACAAUUUCAUAAUUCAAAUAUUUAA